AAGAAAAGGAGCUUAAAAUUUUCAUUCAUCCGCUCAGCUGGCAAAGGUUUUAGGACCUCGUUCGGUGCGAUUUUCUCUCGGAUUUUCGCGCACGGAGGCCAGAGCGGUCCGUUAAACGGUCGAUAGGAACGAAAGAAGAAGAACCGGUCGGGGAAGCGAGCUUCUUGCGUUCUGCUGCGUGCCACCAUGGUUAUUACGAAGGAUACCUACCUUCCGCCGGAGGAAGAACUCACCGUGCCGGAAAUCAAUCUCUCUGGUCCAGCUCUUCGGGCCGGUGCCUUUCAUUUGGGCAAAUAUUGUGAGGCGCAGAAUAAUGAGUUCAUGUUAUGUCGCCAGGAGCUGGAUGAUCCGAGAGCUUGUAUCAACGAGGGCAAGGCGGUGACCAGCUGUGCGUUUGAGUUUUUCCGGAAAUUGAAAAAAACCUGCGCCCAAGAGUUCACGCAGUACGCAAACUGUUUGGACAUGAGCAGCGGUGAUUUGGCGUUCAAGCACUGCCGCAAAACACAAGGAGUGUACGAUAAGUGUGUGCUGGACAAUCUGGAGCUGGAACGUCCCGACUUUGGUUAUUUCUGUCGCGCAAAGGUUCACGCCACCGAGCGUCCAGCACCGCCGAAGAAGGAAAAGACCGUGUAUUCCGAUGCCACCCCUGGGCUGCCGGAAGAUUAUCCAAGGGAACCGGCAAAGUAUGGUUCACGGUUCCACUGGUUGAAUUAAUGAUGAAGGUGCGAAUGGUGGACGAAGAUGAAUCGCGGCUGGUGUAGAUAAGCGAUGGUGUGUGUGUUCGGAAGCGCGAACCGACCGGCAUUGUUAGAAGACAUCAUCGGAAUCGUUUCUUUAGCUACAGUAAAGCGUUGCUUAACACAAUGGUAAACAUCCGU